AUGCUGCCAUCAUUCUAGAAGUUUACGUCUCGCAUGCUGACUAUGAUUUCACAGUUUGUUAAGCUCAUUGUUGAUCGUGCUGUUGGCCACAAUGGCUUCAACUUCAACGCUGCCUCCAACGACGAGUGCUUCAAGUUGAACCAGGUUGGCCUCUGGGGUGCCGAGACUGGCGAUGUGAUGGGCAAUGGCGAGUCCUAUGAUGGUGAUGGUGUUGGCACCAACACCUCUGCUGAGGAGAACCAUCCCUACUCUGCCCGCAGACAGAACAACUUCGGAUCCCUCGUCCACUUUCACUAAGCAAUGAGAAAUGAGAAAUUGUUUAGAUCAGUAAAAAACAGCCCGGUGUACUCUG